UCAAAAGUUUGAGGUUAAGUUAUUCUUCAUCUCUGUCAUUUUAUGGUGCAACCUGUGUUGAUCGGAAGAAAUGUGGAUAACAUUAAACUAGAAAAAUGGAUAUAGUUAACGAGAUAUUGGAAAAAGAGCAGAAGAAAGCGGAAAAGUAUAAACCAAUAACAGUUGAAAAACACUUGGACUUAGAACUUGACAUUGGAACUUUACUUGCAUCUGACACAAAUGAUUUGGAUCCCAAAGCAUUACAGGCAAACAAAGACGAUUAUUUACAGGCGCUUACACGUGAUAAUACACAACUCCUUCUAAAUAAAAUAUGGGAGCUUCCUACAGAGAGGGUUGACGAGGCUAUUGUAGUACGUCUGCCCGAACCUAAGACAGUACUUCCUAGAGCAAAGCCCUGCCCCAAACCCAAGCCACUCACCAAGUGGCAAGAGUUUGCUAAAGCUAAGGGCAUCACUAAAAAGAAGAAGGACAAGGUACAAUGGGAUGAACAACUGCAGAAAUGGGUACCUCUUUAUGGUUUCAAGAAAGCAUCUGCAGAGAAAGAGAAGAAUUGGUUGAUAGAAGUGCCACAGAACUUGGACCCUAUGACAGACAUGUUUGAGAAGAAAGCUAGUGAAAAGUCAGAGAAGGUAGCUAAAAAUGAGCUGCAGAGGUUAAAGAACAUAGCCAGGGCACGGAAGGUCAAGAUACCUAGAGUUGGUUUGCCUGUGACAUCAGACAAGGCAUCUGCCACACAGUUGGACACAGCGGCAACUGUUGCGAAAGCAUCCACAGCAUCCCUUGGCAAGUUUCAAGACAAGUUGCCAAAAGAAAAGGAGGCAAGAGGCAAAGGCAUACAUGAGCUAAUCCCUGGCAAAGAGAGGAAACGCAAGCUGCCAAUCCCUACACCUCAGCAAGAAAGGGAGAAUAACUUGAAUAUGUUGGAUAACAUUCUCAAUAAGAGACCUAAAAUUGAUAUGGAUAAAGCUGUAGCCAAGCAUAUUCAUGAAGAACAAGUGCAUCGGUCUGAGGAAAAGAAAAACACAAAGCCAGCGAAAGGUAAACGCAAUUUCAAGACGAAGCAGAAGGGUAACAAUCCAACUAACUUCUCUGCGAAGAAACCUAAAGCCGGCAAGGGACAAAGGAAUCCAGGCAAAAAGGCAGGUGGCAGGAAGAGGAGAUAGUCUAAUGGUCCUCCGAGAACUAGAAACUAUAUAAUAAUCGGUAUAAUUUUAUUCUGCAGUACAUUUAAACAUGUAUUUAAAUGUUCUCCAUUACAUCUUCACUACUUAUGUCGUAGAAUUAUUGUAAUUGGCUUUGUCUGCUACACUUUGAAGAAUCACAAUAUCUCGGAUUCUUAAUGUAAAAAUUGGUAAAAGCCUUGCUGAUGAUGAAAAAGCGCACAAUGCAUGCGCAACCCGCCUUUUCAUGAGAACAUUUUCUAAAAUAUCCAUCUGUAAAAGGGUUACAAUAAAAAGAUUUGUAAACUUUUAAA